AUGGCUGAAUGUGAAGGUCACGGAAACAGAGAAGCCUGUUCAACAUGUAUGUACAGGAACUACAAGCGUGAAGUGGUGUUUAAGAAGAAUUUGUCACCAAGUGACACACAGCGAAGAGGAAGCUAUCGGUUUUAUAUACCGAGGCCACAUGCAGCCAGAUUCUGGCCCCCAGCAAAUGGAGGGGAAGUGAUGAUCACUUUCUAUGACGUUCAAAUGAGGCGGUGGCCAAUGCGUUUCCGUACAAGUGGUGGAAAUGCCUUUCUUAGCAGAGGGUGGAGCCAGUUUGUUCGAGAGAAGCGGCUGGGACAAGGUGAUGCUAUCACCUUUUAUGAGGUCAGGUGCGGUCAGGGGACAAGAUUCUUCAUGAUUGGAAUCUCUCGCAAAGACCGUGUUCAGAUUCUCGGAGCUCCAAUAAAUUAG